AUGGCCGCCCCAACCUCCCUUCCUCCCAUCGCCUACCCAGGCCUCCCCCUCGGCCCCUCCACAGCCUACACCCCCGGUCCCGGAACGCACCUCCACGCCCCCUCAUCGACCAUCCACGCCUCCCUCGCCGGCCGCCCCGUCCUCACCCCCCAAAAGCCACCCGCCUCCAACCCCACCAUCUCCAUCCCCCGCCUGCUCCCCUCGCCCGCCCGCGCGCCCGUGCCGUCGGCGAACGUGGGCAACACGAACACGCUGCCGCGCGUCGGGAGCGUGGUGCUGUGUCGGGUGGUGAGGGUGCGGACGCGGCAGGUCGACGUGGUGAUGCUGGCGGUGGGCAGGGAGGACGGGGACGGGGGGGAGGAUGUGUGUGGGGAUGAGUGGCAGGCUGUGGUUCGGAAGGAGGAUGUGAGGGCGACGGAGAAGGAGAAGGUGGUUUGUGGGGAUGGGUUCAGGGUGGGGGAUGUGGUUAGGGGUGUUGUGAUCAGUCUGGGAGACCAGUCGAAUUAUUAUCUGUCUACGGCAAGGAACGAGCUGGGUGUCAUCAUGGCGAGGAGCGAGGCCGGGAACGCAAUGGUUCCGAUCAGCUGGAAGGAGUUUAGGGAUCCGAUUACGGGAGAGAGGGAGAGUAGGAAGGUUGCGAAACCUUUUUGA